GAAUGUACCGGCGGUGGAAUGACUUGCGUCUAGUGAACCCACACGCGACCACAAUGAUCGCCAUCGGGGGCUGGAAUGAGGGCUCAGACAAGUACUCAAAUAUGGUCAGUAACGCCGCUUCCCGUAAAACAUUCGUCGAUUCUGUGGUCAAAUUCUUGACGGAACAGAACUUCGACGGUCUGGACGUCGACUGGGAAUACCCGGGAAUGCAAGCGGUGGGCGAUGCGGACCGAAAGCCCGGCAAAGACACCGAUAAAGCAAAUUAUAUCGCGUUAUUGAAAGAGCUUCACGAAGCGUUCAAACCGCACGGCUUUGUACUGUCGGCCGCUGUGUCCGCCGGUAAGCCCACCAUUGAUAGGGCCUAUGAUAUCAAAGCGAUGAACCAAUACCUGGAUUUCAUAAACAUUAUGACAUACGACUUUCACGGCGGUUGGGAACAAAAGACCGCACACAACGCACCCCUCCAUCCUCUUCCCGGUGAUGUUGAAUUGGACAAAGAGUUUACCAUUGAAUUCGCUGUUGACUAUUGGCUCAAAUCGGGAGCUGAUCCCAAGAAAAUUGUUAUGGGAAUGCCUCUAUACGGACGCACAUUCACUUUGGCGGAUCCCAAUCAACAUGAUAUCGGCGCUAAGGCUGUGGGAAAGGGCGGUCAGGCGGGCCCUAUCACUCGACUCAUUGGCACUCUUGGCUACAACGAGAUCUGUCAGUACCUGAAAAGUGGUUAUAAAGUGUACAGAAAUGACAUCCAGAAGAUCCCGUACGCCGUGAGCGGUGACCAGUGGAUCGGUUUUGAUGACGAACAGAGCAUCAAA